AUGUCUUUUAACCCGGAACUGUUUGAGGACGAUAAUGGCAAGAAAUUGCCUUUAGCUUACGAAAAUGAAUUCUUCAUUCUCGAACGAGAAAAGAUCACGUUUCAGUGCAAGACUCCUGAGCAAAUUGUGUUUAAUGGCAAAGGUCGGAUCUAUUGCACUACUCAGCGCAUCAUCUUUGUGGCUGAUAAAAGCUCUAUGAAGAAUGGAUGCUCCUUCGAUGCGUUUGAAAUUCCGCUAGUGAAAAUGAGUGAAGAAAAGUUUAACCAGCCGAUCUUCGGGGCUUGUAGCAUUUCGGGUUUUGUGGCUUCAAGUGGAGAUGGUGAAGAUAUUGGAAAAAUUGUCUGGAAAAUUACGUUUUCUAAUGGUGGUACUGGUAUCGUUUUACCCGUUUUCUUACGGCUACUAGAAAAACGCAAAAGAAGAGAGGAGCUUGAUCUGGACUUCGUGCAAAAUCAGAAAAAGGCGUUUGUUGACCCAAACGACCCAACUAUACUUUACAUUGCACAACCUAUGAAGAAAUCUGCAGUUUGA